AUGCCAUCCCGUCGCCCAACCUACCCCCUGGCGCACUCCUUCCGCCACAAGCCCCGGCGCGUCCCCCUCGUUCUGCGCUUCACAAAGGGCUCGAUCCACAGCAUCGUCUUCAUCCCCGUGCUCCUGCACUCUCUCUUCACAGUCCUCAUCGUCUACCUCGACACUCGCGUCCUCGAAUCCCUCGGCCUUCCCUCUACAAUCAUCCCGUCUCUAUCCAUUGUUGUGGGUUUGAUGCUCGUCUUCCGCAACUCCACCUCCUACGACCGCUUCUGGACCGGCCGCAACUGCCUCACGACCAUUGGGACCAGCGUGCGGAAUCUGGCGCGCAUCGUGCUAGUCAACGCGAAAGGCAAUGGGAGGUUGGGCGAGGCCGAGAAGAGGGAUACAGAGCAUGUGCUCAAGGUGCUGAUUGCGGUGCUGUACGCCAUCAAGCACAAUCUGCGCGCCGAGUUCAACAUCCCACCUGCUUCACUCGAGGCGGCGCCUGUGUUCGACGCGCAUUCUACGCCUGUGUCGCGGAGGCCGAGUUAUACAGAUCGGCCUACGCCGGCGUCGGAGGAUGUCGGGGAGAAUGGGCUGGUUGAUGGGGACGGGCUUCACCAGCCAAAGGACGUAUAUCGUUCUCUACUUCCGGACGGCCUGCGGGGAUAUGAAGACGAGGGUCUGAGUCUCCCGCUGCAGCUCAGCGUGCUCAUCGAGUCCUUCAUCCGCCGCGGCGUCGACCGCGGCUGGUUCCACGCCCCGCUCGCCUCGCAGAUGACCGUCCAGAUCAACUCCCUCGUCGACGCGUACGGCCGUAUGGAAACCAUCCGCUCGACCCCGAUCCCAGUUGCCCAUCUCAUCCACCAAAAACAAGUCCUUGCCCUCUUCACUUGCGUGCUGCCUUUUGCCAUCGUCGACGACUACGUCUGGUGGUCCGUUCCCAUUGUUGCUAUCGUUGCCUUCACGUUGUACGGCAUCGAAGGGAUUGGCCAGCAGCUUGAGGAUCCCUUCGGCUACGACAGGAACGACAUCAAGAUGGAUGGCAUCAUCGAAGACACGCGGCGUGAGGUUCUAACGCUGCUGGCUGAGUGGCAGAAGGCGCAGGGCGAUGCUGAAGACGAAGGCGCGCAUUUGGGCGGCAUGUUCACUUGAUCGCCGGGGUGGAUGAUUUGAUGAAGUACGAUCUGCACGGUAUUUGGCGGGCUCGUGUUGUUGCGUUUAAACGUCUGAUUUUCAAGCGUGGAGUCCAAUACCCAGUGUUGAUGUUGCUGAACAGAUGUGUAGUACAAGGUGAAUAAAGCUGCCGAUCCGAGACAUUAGGUCUAGAAAUCUAAGAACCUGUGUUACCAAACCAACAACACUCGCCCAUCGCAGCAUACACGCCGACUGAUCCCAAAU